CCUCUCCAUUCAUUUUUUGGACACAGUAAACUUAACGUUCCAAACUCUGAAUUUCCCUUUUCUCUGCAUCUUUCUUGGCCCAAAUGAGGUUCUGAAUCUGACCCCAAAACCAAACAAAAAGCUCCUCGCUUUUCCCCCUUUUCUCUCAUGGAGAGAUACACGCUACCCUUACCCCUUCCUUCACUUCCAUGGAUGGAACCUCAACUUGAAGAAGAAGAGGAAGAAGAAGAAGCAGCGUCGUGGACCGCACCCUACUCCGAACCUAAUCACGACCAACACCACAUUGCCAUUUCCAUGCCUGCCCCUCUCACUUCCUUUAAAUCCAUGCUUCAACAGCCCCAACCUCCACCCGAACCUCAACCUCACUGCUACUUCAACUCUUCCAUUAGCAACCCCUUUGUUCCUAACCCAACAACAACAACCACACCAACCGAUAACUUCCUCAUGCACCCUCACAGCAUCAACAUCGACUCUUUCCCUCUCGACCCCUCUCCCUCCCUCCCUUUCUUCAACACCAACACUUUUGACUCCGGCUUCGAUUUGGGCCUCGAAGCUGGCUUUUUACCCGGGAACCACUCCUCCAAUUCCCCUCUCUUCAUGGGCUUUUCUCCGGCCCAUACGGGCUCCGAGUUCGGAGAACUCGGAGCCCUCAUUCCGAGCAGAGCCAAGGCUCUCAAGCCCUUGGAGGCGCCGCAACCGACGCUGUUCCAGAAGCGGCGAGGUUCGGUGGAGAUUCCGGGCUUGGAGACUGUGAGGAGGAAGGGGAGGGAAUGGGAAGAAGGGGAAGGCGAAGAAGGUAAUAGCAUUGACGUUGAUGCUUAUGAUUCUGAUGACCAAAUUGAGAAUGGGAAUGGUUUGAAUCCGAGUGACACUGUCACUGUUACUGGUGGAGAUCACAAGGGGAAGAAGAAGGGCCUACCCGCCAAAAAUCUCAUGGCUGAGAGGCGCCGUAGGAAGAAGCUCAAUGAUAGGUUGUACAUGCUUAGGUCUGUUGUGCCCAAGAUUAGCAAGAUGGAUAGGGCCUCGAUACUUGGGGAUGCAAUUGACUACUUGAAGGAGCUAUUGCAGCGGAUUAAUGAUCUUCAUAAUGAGCUAGAGUCGACUCCACCUGGCUCAUUGCUGCCAGCUUCUUCAAGCUUUCACCCUUUGACACCCACUCCACCAACCCUUCCUUGCCGGGUCAAGGAGGAACUAUAUCCUGGCUCCCUGCCAAGUCCUAAAAACCAAGCUGCCAAGGUGGAAGUUAGAGUAAGGGAAGGGAGAGCUGUCAACAUUCAUAUGUUUUGUACCCGCCGACCAGGUCUUUUGCUUUCUACCAUGAGGGCUCUGGAUAACCUUGGAUUGGAUGUUCAGCAGGCUGUCAUUAGUUGUUUCAAUGGCUUUGCUUUAGAUGUGUUCAGAGCUGAGCAAUGCAGAGAAGGCCAGGAUGUCCUCCCUGAGCAAAUUAAAGCUGUGCUCUUGGAUUCAGCAGGAUUCCAUGCUUGCAGUUUGUAAAUGCAUUGCUUCUUGUUCCCCUUUGUAAAGGCCUUCCUGUUUAGGCCCAGAUCAGAAAAUAGGUUAGCUAAUCUGUAGGUUGAGGAGUUAGCUUUGAUAUUUUUCUCAAUCGUGCGCCUUUGACAAAACUGAACUUAUGUUGUUAACUUUAU